UAUUUAAAAAAGUUUUAAGCUUUUAUCAAAAAUUAAAACAUACAUUACAACAAGCACAAAUAAUGAAUGAUGAAGCUCACAAAUAUUGGUUAUUUUCAGAAGUAGAUGAAACUAUAAAGCUUUUAGAUUGGUGA